CACGCUGCGGCCUCCGCCUGCUGUGAGCGGCGCGGGACGCGGGUUACGUAACCGUCGUAAUCACCGCCCCUGCGGGUCGCCGGGAGACACGAAUCUAUCGCACACCUGGCUGCACUGCUGAGCGAGGCGGCGUCCAUGCGACUGGGAGGUCAGGGACUGGGACUAUUGGGGAGCGGAAUGGCGGAAGGCAGCAACAAUGUUAAUCCCGCCAGCCUUCCUGCGGGGGACCCGCAGCUCAUCGCGCUGAUCGUCGAGCACCUGAAGAACCGCGGACUUUUUGACGAGUUCCGUCGCGACUGUUUGGCUGAUGUUGACACGAAGCCUGCCUACCAGAACCUCCGACAGAAAGUUGACAACUUCGUCUCGUCCCAGCUGAGCUCGCAGGACUGGAACCCGUCCAUCAACAAGAACCAGAUGAGGAACGGGCUGAGGCAAAGCGUCGUCCAAUCGGGUAUGAUGGAGUCUGGCGUGGACAGGAUCAUAACUCAGGUUGUGGACCCCAAAAUGAACCACAUUUUCCGGCCGCACAUAGAAACUGCCAUCCAUGAUUUUCUCUCAGGCGACAGAAGGGAAGAUAGCACCUCAACUUCCAACUCUGUAUCAGCUGAACUGACAGAAACAUCCGAGGCCAUCUCUGCGUCUGGCCCCAAAACCCCCUUAUCCUCCGGUGGGACGAUGACUCGGACUGCUGUGCUGCUGCUGCUGGUGGUGUGUCCCCCGCUGCUGGCUCUGGAUCUGCCCAGUGUCCAGGACAAGCUGAGCCAAGUGAAGAAGCGCUUCUCUCUGCAGAGCGCAGUGGAGAUUCAGAGCUGCUUGGUGAGUUCAGGGGAUGUCGGCUGUGGGAUGUUUCAGUGUUUCAACAACAACUCCUGCCAGAUCCAAGGGCUGCACCACAUAUGCCUCACUCUGCUGCACAAUGCGGGGCGCUACGACUCACAGGGCAAGUCGUGUGUGAAGGAUGCUCUGCGGUGCAUGGCCCUGGGGCUGCGGCAGCGCUUCGGCUGCGUGAGCCGGCGCUGCUCUGCCGUCAAGGAGAUGGUGUUCUCGCUGCAGAGAGAGUGCUACACCAAACACCAUGUCUGCCGAGCUCUGCAGGACCACAUGGAAACCAUGGGAAACCUGGUCCAGUUCCACCUGCUGUUUCCUGCCGGGCCACACAUGGAACUGAUGAACUUCCUGUUGAAGUGUGGAGACGAGGUGAGGGUGUGGGUUGGACGGAGGCUGCAGGGGCAGUGUGAGCAGCACUGGGGUGAACUGUGCAGCAGCUUCACCAGCAUCUGCCCUGGGAGCCAGCCAGAGGCCCAGCAGCAGAGCAGCACGGCCACGGGACUCCUGCAGCAGCAGCAGAGCAGCACCGCCGUGGGACUCCUGCAGCAGCAAACAACCACCGGGAUGGAAACACAGGACCGGACCGGGCUCAGGCAGAUCCAUACCGCUCCUGAAUCUGGUUUCCCUGUGUCUAAUCAAUCCAAUGUCACAGCAUCAUAGACAUUACACAGAGAUACAAAAACAGGGUACACAAAGACCAUUAUGCCCUUACUAUUUUAGUAAUAGAAUUAGUAAAAGUUGUAGCUUUAAGAAACUAAAAUGCUGUUGGUGAAAGCAAUACAGCAUAACUUGUUCAUUCUGUUGGAUAUGUCUUUAUAUUCAGACUUUUCUCAGCAUUACUUUGUAUAAAGAUGAAAGUAUGUUAUCUACCUCACCUUUCAGUAAACUAAGUUUGAGGACAUGCACACCAACACUACAGAGAAUUUCUCUGAAGUUCAUCUGCAGCUAACGGCAAAAUCACUUUUCCAGAUAUUUAAGUCUAUAUUUUGUAUUUAUGAAGAUUGUUAUAUUGUUCUGUCAGCCAUGCAGGUGACACACAAUUAGGGGAAAUGCUGUUGACAAUCAAGGUGCAGUUUAUAGAAAAAUAAACAGUCUUUAGUCAUGUUUAUUUUUAAUUGUAUAAUGUUAACAGU